AUGCAGACCCUUUCGCCAGAGCUGUCUCCUCCUGCAAGCGAUUCUAGCCCUGUUGAUUCAAGUAGCGUCUCGAGUCAUGAUGUCGAUCCUGUCAAACCGACGGCAAUACAUAUGCAGACUGUCUUCUCCUCGCAGACCGGAGAGGCUCAUCCUUCGCAGCAGCACUCGGCCCAAGUAUGGGAAUCCCAUAAAGCUGAAAUACGGCGAUUGUAUUUAGAAGAGAACAGGCCACUGAAAGAAGUCAUGGCGAUAAUGCGUCAAAAGGGGUUUCGGGCAACUGUCAGAAUGUACAAAUCGCGCUUCGACAAGUGGGGUUUUAGUAAAAAUAACAGCAAGAAGGAUGUUAUCGCGAUGUUACAGGUUCAACGGCAACGAAAUGCUGUCGGCAAACGCACAGCCUUUCAUCGCAACGGAAAGGAGGUGGCCAUCGAUGCUUACCUCAAGAGGAAAGGGAUCUCGCAGUACGAUCUCGUAGAACCCGGCCUGGCCGAGAAUCUCCCCGAGAACUUGCGCUGCCUUACACCACCUCCCGAAAGUCCUAAGGUCUUACAUGCCCCAGGUAAUCUAUCACUACAGGAACUCGUCUUACAAUGCGCGAGAGAUUUGGCCUGGAAUUGGUACUGUCCGCCUGAUACCCCAUUAGUUGCUUGCGCAGCCCAUUAUCGCGGAGAUGAGUUACGUUGUGCGAUCACAGAUAUUACCAAUGCGGACUGGCUAUUCUCUGUUGGGCAGUAUGAAAGGGGUGGCGCAAUGUGCGAGCAAGGUUUCAAGUCUUUGCAUUUAGUUUUUAAAAAGCCAUCGAUAUAUGGAUUGCUGCAUUUGUUAAUCACUGUUCUUGAUGCCUCGAAUAAAGGGGUUGUCAAAGAAAUUUGGCGAUACCUUUCGGCAUACGCGUCUGCCGUUCGACUCGAUGGGCCUAUGGCGCGACUCUUUCAGGGAAUGUGGAAAUAUCUCAGCACCCAUGAAUAUGAGGAGUUCUGGGACUUCAUUUUCGAGUGUACCGAAAAGCUCCUUUUAGUUGAAGAACAUCAUUCUGGCCUCCCGGCGGAUACGUUACCAAGGCUUUAUCCUAUUUUAUUCAUUCCACGAGCUUACCAAUACCAGUCCCAACCGUAUCGUCGUCUUCAAAGCCGCUGCGACUUUAAGCGACUAGUCCAAGGAACCAUGCCAACGGCGAUAGAGGAAUUGACCGUUUUUCAGGCAACCGAACUACUCAUUCUAGGAAAUCAGACGUUAUGGCAAGGCGAACGCGUUUUCGAGCUUGCCAAUACUGUCCUCGAAAACACGAAGGGCAUUGCAUAUAACACGGAAUUCUUCGUUUACAUCGCACUAACUUCGCUGGCCCACUACCACAGAAAUCAAUUUUUACUGAAGAAGGAUCCAAUUUCCAAGGAAUCAAACCACCAAUUAUCGGUACACUACCUUGAACAGAUUGUCUCGGUGAUGGAGGGUCAAUGGGAUCCCGAUAUGGGAUACCUCCUCGGCGAAUUGGAGCGGUUGGAGCAUUGGUAUAGGGAAGCAGGCGACAUUGUUCAAGCAGACGCCGCGCACACCAGGUGGCAGAACGCUCUGGAAGCGAUACCGAAGGACUUCGUUAGAGGGCAAAAAGGCAUAUUACAUUAG